UGUGCUGUGGUAUUGUUCUCCUACAAGCGAGUUCCACGACUGCCUUCUUUCGUCUCCUUGCUUUGUUGACGGAAGAACAUACAUCAAGACUUAUUCUCCCUAAAAUGGUAGCCGGCGUAAGACAAUGAACUCUCGAUUUAAGUGGCGCUUCAUCAUGCCUAAGCCUGGGUCAUGCCCGAUUAUGGUGAUCUCGAAAUGUGGCCGUGAACCACGCUCGUGUAUGGGCCACUCCGGCUUGGACCCUUAAAAGCAUUUAUUCUCCCGCCAGCCACUCACAACGUCUCUCUUUCAUAGCCACCAUGUACCGCGGCCACUACCGCACGGACUCCGCCUCUUCAUCUGCCUCCUCGUCUUCAACGGCGCAUGCGACCACACGACCACUAUCCUCGGCGUCCGAUGAUGCUCACUACGACAGUAUCGCUUGGUACCAAAUGCCUUCGGUGCGUCGAUGGAAAGAGAAAGCUGCCCACGCAGAGUCCCGAAGCGCGCAAGAGGCGCCAAAACUAGACAAAGAACACAGUCACUGCACUCGAGACAAUGAGCACGGUGGUGGCGAUGACGACGACGACGACGACGAAGUCAGUCCUUCCCGCACGCCAUGGGAGAUUGUAGAGUCUUCUCCACGCACUGUCUUUUAUUCCAAGUCACCCGCAGCACCGAGUUCACGUGCGGCCCGUACACACGUCUAUCACAAAAGCCGCGAACCGUCAACGGACGCAGAUGACGGCGACGAUGGGACCCACCGCGGGCCCUGGGGCUGUCCUGUGAAGGGUUGCCCGAAGGUGCUCGGCGGGCGCGAUCCGAAGACGUGGCUUCGCCACCUCGACAGCCACUGGUCGCACGUCUACAAGCGCUACUCGUGCCCGAAGUGCCUCUGCGAGUUCUCCCGUCCCGAGAGCGUCAUGCGUCAUGCUGUCUCGAAGAGCUCCUGCAGCGCAGUGCGCCCAUGCGAAGUUGUCGAGCGCGUCCCAUGCUGGACAAACCCUGCCUACUCCAAGUUCUUCGACUCGUGCUCGCGCCUGCAUCCGCUACACAAGACGCUGCACCCUGCAAUGGAGAAGGCCCGUCGCGGAGAAGCUAUUACGCAUCCGCCGUGGCCUGUCCUGCAGCCACAGAUUAAGUUUCAGUAGGCGGGACUUCUGGGCUCUGGGUUGUUCGGGUUUCGAGUUUAGGGGUACAAAGAGCAUGGGAUGGAGGUCAGCCAGUUUCGUUUCCACCUGCUUAUUUUUCAUUUACAAGACGCACGUCGUCUCUGCAUGCACUCUAAUAAGGAAUACGCAUAUGCAUAAGUGUACCAUGGCAUCUACUCAAUCACAUCAAAGCAAGUAAUAUGGCACCGUGCUCUCGCCAACUUCGACGUCGUGCACGGCUCGCUGCAGAGACUGCAGCGGAUAGAUCGUCGCUUUCGUCUCGCACAUCACACAUGUCUUUGAAGCGCGUGUUCCUGACCUUUCGCGUUCCCCUUAACCCGG